CGCGAUGACGGCUUUGCUGCGAUCUCCACAUGAAGCUCAAAGCGAGUAUAUAAACCGUCAGCUGUCAAGUCUCCACGAUUUCUUUGGGUACUAUCUCUCGAUUGCGUCGCGAUGAGCUCUCCCAGAGUCUGGCUAAUUACUGGUUCGUCCUCCGGGUUUGGACUUGCCAUGUGCAAGUCGGCUCUCGCGAAGGGCGAUAAGGUUGUCGCGACCUUACGUAGGCCGUCCGAUAUCAGUGAGUUCGACAGCAAGUACUCGUCGGACGUCCUGCACGUCGCCAAAGUCGAUGUUACGCGUCCUGAAGAGGUCGCCAACGCCUUUCGGGAGGCGAAGAGCCAAUUCGGCAGGGUUGAUGUCGUUUUCAACAAUGCUGCGUCGUUCGUCGUGGGCGAAGUCGAGUUGGUACCUGAUGCCGACGCUCGGCGCGUCAUGGAAGUCAACUUCUGGGGCGCCGCUACCGUGAGCAAGGAAGCCGUGCGAUUCUUCCGCGAAGAUAACCCUCCAGGCGCUGGAGGUCUGCUGUUGAAUGUCAGCUCGGAUGCUGGUUUCAGUUCUCUCGCCUGUGUGGGCUAUUAUGACGCGGCUAAACAUGCGCUCGAAGGCCUUACCGAAGCACUCGCAUACGAGCUAGACCCCAGGUGGAAUAUCAGGAUUUGUCUCGUAACUCCCGGGGCCUUCCGUUCGGAUAUCAAGACAAAGUCCCUGACUAUGCCAGUUCACCCUGCAUACCCGGCUGUGGAAUCGGUUCAGCAGUCUCGCAAGUUUCUGGACAUGGUUUGGGACCCCAGCCGUCCGAUGCGUAUAGGCGAUGUACAUAAGGCCGCAGAGAGGAUUUACGAGGCAUCUAUGCUCAAACACCCGCCAAUGAGACUUUUCCUGGGGGAAGACUGCGUCAGGCGCCUCAAAGAACAGCUGAAGAGAGUAACUGCGAACCUUGAUGGGUUUGGGAAGUGGUCAGAGGGUCUUAUGGAAGAUGAAUAAGUAGAACGGUCAGAUCUCCUAGUAGGCCCUGUGCUCGCGUGUAUUAAUGUUUGCAUUGGUUAAUGUACUGAUCCGACCCUAUGUACUUCGAUGUUACCGAGAGUUAUCGUAUUACCCACUCACAGGAGCUCACCUCGACAUUAUGAGAGGAAUUUGCCUGCCUCUGAUUGUGUAACGUGCAACAGUUUCCCUUAGAUAGCAGUGGUUAUGCUAUGGCU